AUGCGUACUUCAACUCUCAUUGCCUCCUUGGCGGCUUCCGCCUCGGCCUACGAUGCCUGGAUGAACGAGCCUGACACUGGCAUGGACACUUACCUCGCCAGCACCAAUUGGACCCAAGGUAGUCGUCCUCUCCUCAAGGACAUCCGUGGUGUUCCCGACUUUGACUUUGCUGCUCGUCAGACCUUGACUGACCAGCAGUACGCCUUUUACCGCACUGCCGCUGCGGGAGAGUGGGCGUACCGCAACAACCUCAAGGUUUGGGAAAAGGCCAGACUUCGACCUCACCAGCUCGCUAGUGUCCAUGGCCUCAACGAGACACUUGGAGUUACCAUUCUGGGUCACAACUUCAGCGCUCCCAUCUUCAUCUCUCCCGCUGCCCGUGCUGGUUACGGUGACGAGGAGCGCGGUGAGCUUAACUUUGUCGAUGCUGCCGCUGACGAAGAUAUCCUCUACGUCGCUGCUCUGUAUGCUACCAAGUCCAUUGAGGAGAUUGGUGCUCAACGCAAGAAGCGUGGUAACACCAUCUUCCAGCAGAUUUACUCCAAUGCAAAUCUCUCUGUUACGUGGGAUGCCAUGAAGCGUGCUGAAGAUCAGGGUGUCAAGGCUAUUGUCUGGACCAUCGAUGCUCCUGCUACUUCCGUUCGCCAUCGCGCUGCUCGUUACGACACCACCAAUGCUAACGGUGCUACGUCUGUCCUUAGCUGGGACCUCUUUAAAGAGAUCAAGGCCCACACCAAGCUUCCCAUCAUCCUCAAGGGCAUUACCACCACUGAGGAUGCUCUUCGAGCUGUCGAGGCUGGAGCUGAUGGUAUCUGGCUCUCAAACCACGGCGGUCGCCAAGUUGACUACUCUCCCUCUCCUCUCGAAAUUGCCUACGAGAUCCGUCGCAAUGCCCCUGAGAUCUUCACCAAGACCGAGGUUAUUGCCGACAGUGGUAUCCGAUAUGGUAGCGAUGUUAUCAAGCUGCUGGCUCUUGGUGUCAAGGCUAUUGGUCUUGGACGUCCUUUCAUGUACUCCAACGUUUACGGUGUUGAGGGUCCCAAGAAACUCAUCCAGAUCCUCAAGAGUGAGAUCCUGGCUGAUGCUGCUCAGAUUGGAAUCACUGAUCUUCACAACAUUCCUUCCAAGGUGCUCAACACUCGUGCACUGGAGCGCGAUGUUUACCUGAUGGAUGAGAACUAA